AAUCCAUAGUUAGACAGUAUCCGAACCUUGUAUUCACUGUUUGAUAAUCGCAAUUAUGGUACCACCGCCACCACCACACGAACAUCCUCCCCAUCAUGGAGGUCCACCAGGUCCACACGGACCCCACGGAGGCCCCCCUGGCCCUCACGGAGGCCCACCUGGCCAUCACGGAGGCCCACCUGGUCCUCAUGGCGGCCCACCACCACCAGGCCCAGGUCAUCACGGAGGUCCUCCACCACCCCAUCAUUAAAUGAUGACAAAUUCCUAAUUUUACAAUUUUCCUAAAAUUUUACACAUACCUACAGUAUUUUUUAAUUAUAAUGAAUUUGUAAUAAAGCAUGUUUGAAUACC